UUCCAUGCAGGGAUGGAGGUGAUUAGCCGCCGCUAGCAGAGAGAGGGAAGAGGGCUGAGCCUUGAAGCUGCUGGGGGAACUUGAAGAGAGCAGGGGGGAGGAGGAGGAGAAGAAGGAGGAUUGAUAUAACAAGAGAGGCUGGCGAUGCGCACAGAUAGUCUCACUUUGAAGCAGGAGAGAUAGAAACUGGAGCUUUCCAUUCAGCUGGAGCGCAACAAACUUCUCUUUCAGCUUUUCUUUUUUACAUCAGCAGAUCUGCAACCUUACGAGACCUCCGAGUCUGGAAGUUUAAGUUCCCAGUUGACAUUUCUCUGAAGGGACUCUGACAGACUUUCCUACCGCGUGCUGCUGCGGGAUUUGGAGCCGAAACUGGGACUUUCUCAAAUGCAAAAGUACAUGUAUGAGAAAGCAAUGGCUCAAGAGACAAGGAACGGAGGAACCUCGACGUUAAACAACAACAAUGGUGUUGACAACAGUAAGAAGAAGCUGCUCAUAGCGCUCGACAUCUUCUGUCUUCUACUUGCUAUGCUGCCCAGCCUGGUUCUGCACCGUACCUCUGUUCGUCCAUACCAGCGGGGUCUCUACUGCAGUGACUCCAGCCUGAUAUACCCCUACAAGAGGAGCACCGUCCCCUCCUCAGUGCUCACUUCUGUUGGGCUGACACUCCCCGCGGUGUCCAUUGUGAUUGGAGAAUGCUUCAGGAUUCACCAACUACAUGAGGGAACCAAGUCUUUCGUGGGGAAUCCCUACGUCGCAGCCCUCUACAAGCAGAUGGGCGUGUUUCUCUUUGGAUGUGCCGUCAGCCAGUCGUUCACAGACAUCGCCAAGGUGUCGGUGGGCCGCAUGAGGCCCCACUUCUUAGACGUGUGUAAACCCGACUUCUCCACCAUCGACUGCAAGCUGGGAUACAUCACAAACUACACCUGCACUGGCGACGAGAGCGACGUACAGGAGGCCAGGAAAUCCUUCUUCUCAGGACAUGCCUCUUUUUCAAUGUUUACCAUGCUCUACCUGGCUUUCUAUCUCCAGUCCAGGUUUUCGUGGCGCGGCGCUCGCCUCCUCCGCCCGCUGCUCCAGUUCACCCUGCUGAUGAUGGCCUUUUACACCGGCCUAUCACGCGUCUCUGACCACAAGCACCACCCGACCGACGUCCUGGCAGGCUUUGUGCAGGGAGCCCUGGUGGCCUACUGCAUAGUGUUCUACGUGUCGGACCUGUUCAAGCCCCGGGUGAAGCCGGCCACGCCCCCGCCCUCCCCCAUCAAGAAGGAGCUGCUCCCGUCGUCCGACAUCAUCGAGAGGAACAACCACCACAACAUGGUGUGAGAGAGGCCGCCGCUUCUUCCUGCGACCGAGGAGCCAAUCGCAGCGCUGCUCACCUCCCAUCGGACAGUAGAAUGUAGCGACGAGAGACUGUGGCUGCGUCUCAAAUGGCACCCUCCUCUUCCUCCUCCUCCCUUUUUCUUUAUUGCAGCGCCCCAGCGAGGCGCUCUGUGGACUAGGGUGUCAGAUUUGAGAUUUGCACGGCAGAGUCCACUCUCACUAUCCAGACUUAUUUACUAUUAUUAUGUUAACUACUAAUCUACAUUUGAGCCCAUCGUUUUGAGCACAAACAGAAUUGGAAGACAAAAUGAAUUAAGAAAUUGACUCGACAGACAGAGCUGAGGGAAAAAAACACUUGUGAAGAAAAACGAAUGAAGAAAAAAAAAGACAAACCCCCGGUGCCGAGGGAGAGAGGGAUCUCCAGUUGAUGCUUCCUCUCUGAACUCUCUGUGGCCUUGGAACGCCGUAGGACAACUACUUCCUUAGCUAUGGGAAGGAUAUUACUGCAAUACCUAGCAGCAUAGAAAUAUUAACAGUAUAGAAAAAAUAUAACUUAUAGCACUGUUUUUAAGUUCAUUGUCCAUUAUCACCACUUGCUGCCUGAGACGUCUGACUGAGAGAAAACUUGAUGACGCUGACACCCGAGAGACAGAAAUAUGGACUCCGAGAAGCCGACCGAACCUGGUGUGGUCAGGCCGCUGUAAAGCCUCGGUUAUACUUUCCGCAAGGACGGUUGCGCGUUAAGCCUGGUUCAUAGUCGCCGUAGUGAAAAUGGCGCGAGGUGAGCACACCGGAAAAUUACGUCAUCGCGGCUUUCGUGUGGUGUGUAAAAGCUAUGCAAGAUUCUUGUAACUACGCGCAGACUGCGUGCACGCCUUCGAGGGACGACUGGCCGAGCAGGUUCACCUGUACAGACAUCUCUACAACUGUUCAUUGAGAGACCACAGGGACAGUCACAUGACAUUGAGUUCUUGGAAAGAAAUAGGCGAGUGUGAAGAGGCUUUUUGCGAGAGAAUAUUUUGUAAAAGCUCAAAUAAAAAGGUCUCAUGGAAAGAGUGGUGACCUGAUGGGAAGCACCGAGAGACGGAAAGUCAUUUAGACUUGGAGGUAAACGACCAUAAUAAUUACAGUACACAAAUGCAAUGUUUGGCGGUAUGUCGAUGUUUACUAUUGUUUCCAGGCAGCCUGCUUUCCGGUACCACUUGCAACGAACAACGCGUUGAGCGUAAACGCCUCUGUGCAUGCUCGUAGCGAGUGCGCCAUCUGCGGACCACCACGGUGUCUCGCACGAGUGUAAACAAAGCUUUAACGUGGAAUCGUUACGAGGAAAUGUUUGGAUCUUUUAUACUCUGUGCAGGUUUCUCCUUACUCCUAAAAGUUCUCCAUUCUCUACACCCAUCCGCGUCCGUGUGGUUUGAAAAAAAAUGCCGGUUAUGCAUGGACAGGCGAAAACCUGCCCUCCACUAAGGGCCGUAUCUGAUGGUGUGACGUCACUUUUGCCGUGCGGACACUCGCGGAUGCGGCAAGCAUAAAAACAGGUUUAAGAGCAAGACAUCAGUGUCUUUAGCAGCAGGAAGUGAAGCCCUCCAACCUCACAUACGUCUGUCUCCACGUCAGCACGUCAAGCUUUUUUUGCAGUGGACUCUUAGAGCGGCCCAAACCCGGGAUGUUGCAUUUCUUGAGGGUUAGAUGUAGUAAAAAGGGGUGGGGGGGUGAUAUUUUCUGUGGAAGGAGCGCCUCCCAGCACCUAAGAGUGGCGUGGCUGUGCCAUGCCGCUUCCCUGGUGUUGGGGCCCAUCUGUUUGUCUUCCUAAGCAGGAAGUGGACGGGUGGACAGAGUGAAGGGGUGCGGGCUGUCACCGUGGAAAGAGGGUGAUGAGUUACAGCUAAGCUGGCACAUUAUUUCUGGGAUGAUUUGGGCUCUUUCCGCUGGCAGGGAGGGGCUCUCACCCACCCAAUCACUCAUUGGCAAUGGAUGUUUGUCUCUCAGUGUGUGUGUGUGUGUCUUGUACAUGUACAUCUUGUAUGUGUCUGUGUGUACAUAUGUGUGAGCGCUGUGAGAAGAAACCCCCUCUUGAUAAACUAAGUGUGUGUCAAAUGAGACACGGUCAGCUGUGCCAAGUAUGUGUGUGUGUGUGUGUGUGUGUGUGUGUGUGUGUGUCAGAGAGCAGGUGGACAUUAUAAAAACUGUGGAUCUAAUAUUUUUAUUCUCUUUAACCGUGUGUGUUUUAUAGCCUGUCCUGUAUAAUCACUAACAGUUGUACAGACACAGAAUCCCUUUUUAUUUACAGCCGACUCAGAUCUUCCUCCUCCAACAAACACACUCCGCCAUGUUGCACAUCUUUCUCAUCGUAUAGUCCGUCCUAUCAUUUCACAAAGCCGUUUUCACUCUCUCUUCUCUCUCUUUUUUUUAUAAAUAUAUAAAUAAUGUAUAGAUCACUAAAGGUAACUCUGUAAGAUAUUGUUUCUUAACAUGUUUUUAGAUAUAUCCACUAUGAUUACAGACCUGUGUUCUUUACAAAAUGCUGCUUAAAAAGCAUCGAUUGACAGAUUUUUGUAUCUAGAAUAACUAUUGUAGAUUGUAAUAGUUACGUUUGUAAUAUGCAUUCAAAAAAAAAUACACCCACAAUUGUAUUAAAAUUCAAUAUUAGUAUUUUUGUAUUGUCUCGUUUUUUUUUGUACAAAGACAUAGUUGCAAUGCUGUUUUUUCUGCUAAAUGUACUUAGCUCUAAUACAUGUGCUUUUAAAUAAAAAGCUCAUUAUGAACACAA